CCGCACCAUGAAGGUGAAGAUCAAGUGCUGGAACGGCGUGAUCACUUGGCUCUGGGUGGCCAACGACGAGAACUGCGGCAUCUGCCGGAUGGCCUUCAAUGGCUGUUGCCUGGACUGCAAGGUGCCAGGUGAAGACUGCCCGCUGGCGUGGGGCCAGUGCUCGCACUGCUUCCACAUGCACUGCAUCCUCAAGUGGCUCAACGUGCAGCAGGUGCAGCAGCACUGCCCCAUGUGCCGCCAGGAGUGGAAGUUCAAGGAGUGAGGCUGCACUGCCCUACUCUCCCCUUGCCCUGAGACGGCCCCACCCCCACAGUGGCUCUGGGUGGCCAUGGUCUCCACUGGGCCAGUCCCCUUUGGGCUGUGACAGGGUUGAAACGAGGACUGGAGCUGCGUUUGU